AACAUUAUGAGGUCACGAGUCAAUGCACAAUGAAAUUUCUCCGUAUGCGUUCAAAUUCGAUAUCAUUAAGAAAUUCAUCAUAUAAUUUAACACAUUGAUAAAUAUAGUAAACAUCUGUGCACAGACUAUGUAAUUAUUGUAGGUUUUAUAUGCAAUAAUCAAAAGAGCUGAUGCGCGCCUUGCUAUGAAGGACGCAUGGGCUCCGCCAUUUUGACGCUAUUAUCCAGCAUAUUGAUCAAUUGCUUCAACCCCUCUAGGAUUUAUUUCUCACUGGCAUGAUCAUUAUGUGUUUUUGUUGUGGUUUUUUGAUAAAUUUUCAAUGCAUAGACCAAAAUGUGAGUGCUGGACACGGCCUAAAGGCCGAUAUAUUAUUCGAUAAUUUUUUUCAACUCUGUGAAUUUGUUGAUGUAAGGCCCUGAAACCGGCUGAUGACGCUUUUUUCUUGGUCGUGUAUGUAUGCAGAGAACAGAAAGCGGUCACUCUUCUGUGAGCCGGGAUUCUCUGCCUGAGUGGAAUUCCCCCCAAAAUAACGCGCUUUUGCUAAUCUGACAGCGUUUUAGUUGCAAAUAUUGAUGUCGCGUUAGUGUUAUACACUUGGCGCACCUAUUAAAGAGUUGGAUAUAUUGUUGGAAAUUUAAAUUUCAGUACUGGGCUAAACAAAAAUGGCUAACCAUUUGAACAAAGAGGAACUUGACAACCUUUCAUGUGAAUAUGAAAAACAACGUCAGAGUUUUAUAGCAGACUUAAAACGUUUUAAUGCUAAUCGAGGCACUCCAUUUGAUCAUAUCCCUGAAAUCGGAAGUAAAGAAGUUGACUUGUAUCACUUAUACCAACGUGUAACAGCCCGUGGAGGAUGGCAGAAGGUCAAUGUAGAUCAGCUAUGGGAAGAUUUUCAAGAAGAAUUUGGUUUACCUAAAGGCUGUGUAAAUGCUGCCCAAGCACUGAAAAAUAUCUAUUUUAGAUACCUCAAUCUUUAUGAGAAAGUCAACUUUCUUGGUGAAGAUGCUGAUACAAGAAAUAAUGAAGAAGAAGAUGGACCAGCUAGAAAAAAGAUUUGUCUUCCCAUAGAGACAAUUCCUUUGAUCUACAAUUAUAAUCAGCACAAAUUAACAGAAGCACAGAGGCAGCAGUAUAACUUAUCCACAGAAUUGUAUGAACAAAGUGAUUAUGAAAAGCUGGAAAUGUCACUUCGGUCAGGGCUUCCAAAUGAAGUGGAUGUAGCAUUUAAUGUUUGUGUCCUCUUGUCCAAAGAGGGCAAAUACUGUAUCAAAUUGGAGAAAUCUUUACAUUUACUUAACCUAAUCUUUGCUCAUAUAGGUAUUUUUGAAGAAGAUGGUCUAGACAUGCAGCACUUGUAUAAGCAUUGUUGGGCUUCAGCAAAAGAUAGAGACUUUUUAAGAUUCUGGUUUGAAACUGUGGACAAAGUUGACAUCAGAAAGCUAAUCACUUGGCAGGGUAGACCUUAUUCUCAAAGAGAACUAGUUGGAAGUGAUGUUUUGAAUUUAGGCAGAAGUUUAGGUACUUCAGAUCUUGAAGGACAGAGAGUUAUGCAGACUGCUGUUUUUCUUUAUAAUUUAUCUUUUGAAGAAGCAAACCAGAGGAUUAUGGCUGAAAAUUAUUUAGUCUUUAAAUUUUUAGUGUUGAGUUUACACAGUAAAUUUGGUGGAUUGAAACAGUUGGCAUUAGAUACUUUUGCUAAUUUAUCUUGUGAGUUUGAGAUUGACUCUGUGGAAAGACAACAUGCAAUGUGGGUGUUAGAGUUGCUUAAUGAUUCAUUAUAUUCUGAGGAUAGAUUUUUCUUAGUCCGAGGUCUUGAAAUAUUAAGUAAGAUCAGCCAACUGUCAUGUAAUGAGACUCCUUUGUUAGAGCACUUGAAAGAAGAUGUGUACUCCAGGCUUAUAGAUUUGCUUACUGUCCAGGACAUUCAGUUGAUAGUUCACACACUAGAAUCUUUGUAUAAGCUGUCAAAAGUUGGAGAGCCUUUCACAACCAGAAUUGCCAAAGUUCAUAAAGCUAUUGACACUUUGGUUAGCUUAAUUACCAUUGAAGCUCAAUCCUUUGGACCUGGCUCAUUAGUUGGGAUCAAAGUUGUGGAGUAUAUUCCUCCAGCUCAUUUAGCUGGGGAAAAUGCGGCCAAAUCUACAACAGUCAUUCAGCCUGUUAACCCUGACUCAACAAAUAUCUACCAGAUUCCAAGUGGUUCAUUCAGUCCACUUGGUGUUAUAUCUGAUAGUGGUGGAGGAAAUGGUCCCGGGGGAGGAGAAGUGACUAAAGUGACCCCACCUGUGAGAGAACCUGUCACUGACAUUCAGACUACCACAUCCAGCUGGUUAAAUGCAACUUUUGAACUCAAGAAAAAGAGUAAAGUGAACCAAGUGGAGUUGUUCUCUGACUAUUUGCAGUUUUGUCGUAAAUUUCAAAUUAACAAUGCCAUGUCUUCAGCAGAAUUUUUACAUUUGGUCAAAGUGAUUUUCCCACAAAGUGAAGUACUAAGUAUCAAUAGAAAAAAUGGUGAUAGGGAUGUUUUCUUUGAAGGCAUUUGCAAACGGUCAACACAAAGACCUUUUGCUGUUACUACACUGCCACUUGACAAAGUGCGUAAUCCCCUUAGUGUGAAUGUAAGCCCUAAACAGACACAAUCUGUGCUGGUAGAUUCUUUAGCUCACACGCCAACAUUAAGACAGCGACUCAUGGAGCCGCCUCGUGCUUCAUUACAUCCACAAUUUGUUCCUGCAGGUGCAUCAGUUUCAACCUCAACACCAUUGCAAGGAACUCCAAGAUUCAACAAUUCACAGAGUGCUGCUAAUACUGGAAGCUCAGCUAAAGUUCUACCUGGUCUUCAAGGGAAACUUUUGAAGAAUGGCAAGUUGCAGACAGCCUUAAAUGUAAAAAGAGGUUUGUCGUAUGUGGCAUCUACAGGUACAUCUGUUGAGAGUUCACCCGGAUCUGCUCAACAUGCCCACAGGCCUGUGUCACAAUCUGCUCAGAAUUCUCCUCAUACAUCAUUAGCUUCAGCUCAGCCGUUUUCAUCUGCCAGUCAAACAGGUCAGGUGGAACAAAGCUCUGAUGCUUUAUCUGUAAAAAGUCUUCUGGCUAAAAAACUUUCUCAGGGUAACGCUGACCAAGACAUGAUGAAUAAUUCUGGAGCAAAUGGUUCCUAUCAAUCUUCAUCUAUCAUGUCCCAUGCCAUUUCCCAAUCUUCACAGACUUGUUUAGGAAGCUCACAAACUUCUGUGGCUUUGACGUCUAAUCAAGUCACACUGAAUAAACAAACCCGUCCAGUUCAAACUAUUUCAUCAUCGACACAAAUAUCAUCUUUUACACAGAACUCAUCCUCUGGCAUGGCUAACCAGGUUCAGAAUAUGCUUAGUUCAGCUACAAAUUCAAAUCAACUAUCAAAUCAACAACACAUAUUUACACAGAGUAGUACAAACACUAUUAUGGUGCAGCCAAAAACUAAUCAAAAUCCUCUUAUAGUUCAGCAGACCAGCAGCCUCCCCACCUCUCUUCAAAAUUCUAAUGUUACCUUUGUUCAGAGAAGUAGUAAUGUUUCCUGUAUACAGAACAAUCAGUUUUCUGUGGUGCAUCAGAAUGCUAGAGUUGCUGACAAUCCUCAAACCACAAACAUUUCCAUGGUAGCACAGCAACAGCCUGUAUGCAUGCAACUGGUGCAUCAAAACUCUGCUAAUGGCACUAAUGUGGUUCAUCAAAGCACGCCUAGUGUUUCUUGUGCAAUAAUUCCUAAAACUGUGAGUGUUGGUCAAGUGCAUAAUAGCUCAGGUGCAAUAGGCGCUCUCAACCCUCAAUGUGUCACACAGCCAUCAUCCACACAGCCAUCAAGUAUUCCAGUCAGUCACAUCAUCAGAAAUCCCUCCAACAUACUCGUUACUAACAAUCAGUCAGGCAGCACCAACUCCACUGCACUUACAAUAGCAUCUGCUAACACUGUUACUCAAACAAUAUCUUCUCCUGCAGUAGCAGCUCUGCUGACUUCCACCACACAGCAAGGAUCUCAGAUGAUUUUAUCCUCACCUCUGCUUGCUGGUGGCUCAGUUGUGCAGGCUGCGCCAUCCAUUGCAGGUCCUGCUCCUACCACUGUGGUGAUACAGACUCAGCCAGGUGCUCUUGUUAUGCAGCCAAGGCAGGUCUUGGUGCAGGGAAAUGGCUCAGGAUCAUUCGGGACUUUGCACCAAGGAACGGGUGGCACAGUGUCUUUUAUCGUACCAUCACACUACAGGGGAGGCUCAUCUGUAACUGUUCCUGGGCUAAACUUUUUACAAAGUGGAGUGAAUGUUGUCCCUUCCAUUGCACUAACGAAUACAAACACUCAGCCUCCAACUCAAACUAUUAUCCAUGCUGCUCAGAAUCAGAAUAUUAUCCAAGUUGCACAGAAUCAGCAAAAUCUUAUACAGACAAAUUCCAAUUGUGCUGGAACUACUUCACUGGGUCCCAGACAGAUUGUGCUCACCCCUAAUCAAACCACUAUCCCGUACAAUGUGCAGAUAGCUGGUAAUUUUGCCAGAAAUGCUUCAAAUAUUUGCAUAGCUCCUCAGCAACAAAAAAACUUUGUAAUUCAGUCAGCAUCCAAUCAGACUUUGCCCCAGUCAGCAGUACCAGCUACUGGGCUAGGUUUCACUAUGAACAUUUCACAAUCUGCCCAUGGAGGUACACAGCACAACAGUACCAUCCAGAUCCCUUCACAAAUUUUAGAAUCUCAAGUCAAAUGUGACUCUACUCUACAGCAGACUGUAACAGAUACUAAUUCAGUCAGUCAGCUGUCUAAUCCAACAUCAACUAUGUUGCCUUCUCAGUGCAAUGGUAUGAGUCAUGAAAGUAAUGGCAUUUUAGGAUCUCCUGAAUCUGUUUGUAGUGACUUUCCCCCAUCACCACUUUCUGUUGGAAAUAAUUCAGAUAAAGAUUCUCUUAAUGGAAAACUAGAAACUGACAGAACUCUUGUAUUAAAACAUCCUGAUGUUGGCAAAUUGGUAGAGAAAACCAGUAAAAUAAAUGGUUUUGUUUAUCCAUUAGAUAACACUAACCAUGAUCUAGCUAGAUCCAACCAAAAUGUUGAUAAUGAAUCUCCAAUGGUAAGGGCAAAUAAUUCAGAUUCUAAGACAACCAUCUUGGUGAAUGGCUGCUUGCCUGUCAAUCAGGGGCAGAAUGUAAACAAUCAGCACAGCAACAUUCCAUCUACACAACUACCAAAUAACACUAAUAAUAGUAAUGGUCUAGUUCAUCAGACACAGUCUAGCCAGGUUCAGACUGUUCAGCUUUCUGAGGCCAACAGUUUCCCUUCCCAACAGAUUCAUCAGCAGGCAACACUACAUUCUCAGCCUGUAGGUAUCAGUCAUCAGCAGGGCACAGCCACUCAAUCUCCACACAUAGCAACCCAAACACUGCAUCAUCAGAGAGUAGUACAGCAGUCAUCAUGUGCUUCUCAAACUUUAGGUAGCCAACAACAAUUGAAACCUAAAAUAUCUACUCUGCCUACACCUGGUACAAGUGUUUCAUCGCAAGGAUGCAACACUAACCUCAGGCCAGUUUUCAGUAGAGAUGCUUCUAGAGACAGUGAUACCAGCAAUGAUAGUGUCAUUUCAACUUCCGAUUCCACUGACAAAAUGGGUAACAUUGUUGCUAAAAAAGUUCCUCUAAAAAAACCUGAAGUGAGUCCUGUCCAAGACACUCGAAAGAAAAAGAAAGGUGGACUUGAAAUAAUCUCUGCCACAACUGUGCAAACUGGUCAUGGAACUCAAAUUCAGAAGACUGUUCAAAUACCACUAGAAUACAUGUGUGAAUGGUCCAAUUGCAGAAAGUGCUUUUCCACUUCACGCUUAGUAUUUAUUCAUGUGUUUAAACAUCAUAUCCCUAAGACUAGUGAAUCUUCAUGCCAGUGGGUCUCUUGUGAAAAAUUAAAUAGGAAACGUUGGUCCUUGGUUUCCCAUGUGCAGGACCACCACUGUUCAGAGAUGGCCAUGAGAAAUGCAUGUCAAAGAAGAUUUGCUGCGAAUCUACAGCAGGCUAAAGGGGUGACGUCAACUCCAUCCCCUGCACCUCAUCAACCAAUGAUUUACCCACCUGAUGCUGCUAUGCAAGCUAUCCGACGUUUUGCUAUUAAGCCUCCUUAUGCAGAGUUCACUGAACAGAGAGAAGGCCCAGUGUCUAAACACAUUCGACUUACUGCAGCUCUUAUUUUAAGAAACAUUUGUCGCUGUUCAUCAAGUGGAAGACGACUACUUCGUAGACAUGAGCAACAGCUGACCUACCAUAUGAUGAGUUCUGCUGAAGCAUCCACAGCUCUAGCCAGCUGCUUAUGGGAAAUAAUGCAGUGUUGUGAGCAGAAGUCGGCAUCAACAUCGUUGUGGGUGUAGUGAAGCUACUUUAUAGAGGCUCAACUUUGUACAAUUUUUGUCUAUGAAUUUCUCUGUUUGUCAGUCAGUGAAUGUGAAAGGAAAUAUUUAUAAUUAUCUGUUGGAAAGAAUGUCAAAUCUUGUAGGCUACUAUACCUCUGCAUGAAUGAAUAGAGUGUCAAGAGUUGAGGGCUAAAGCAACUUAAGGUGUAGCCUAGGAUCAAUUUUUGUUACAUUGGAUCUCUAUACAGUGGUUUGUUACUAGUGUAGUAUGGUAUGUUAUUAUAGAUGCAUUCAUUGCAUACUGUCCAAAUAAUUAAAAAAACAACAACAAAAAACAUAUUUGUUACUUGAAAAUGUUUUUUUUUUUCUCAGUAUCAUGUUGUAGACUCUGAGGUGCUGCUGAUAUUAUUGACUUCUAUUUUUUUAACAACUACAAAGAUUGUUUCUGUGUUUUUUUUUUGUUUUUUUUAUUAUUUUAAAAUUUAUUUCUCUCGAAAUAAGGAUGUAAUUUAUUUCUUUAAAAGUAAACAAUAAAAUUUUGUUACAGACAGGACUAAAAUUGAUUUUGGAUCAGAAUUAUAUACAAAUAUUACCUUUAACAAGUUCAUCUGAAUUACAGGUUACUGUGAUUUUGAGAACAUAUACAUAGUUAAUUAAAACAUGGUGUGCAAAAACAGUCCAAAGUUAUGUAAGCCUAGGUCAUUGUUUCUUACCUGGUAAUGCUGUACAUAGAAGGAUGUUAUAUGACCAGAGGAGUGAGAGUGUGUGUAUGUUGGUGUAUUUAAUGCCACCAGUGAUGUACAGAAGCUCAGUGGUUGAAGUUUUGUGAUUUCAGACUUACAGCUCAACUGUGGCUGACAAACAUUCCUGUUCUAGCGUCUAUAGAGUUUGAUUUGAAAUUGAAACAUACAUUUUUAUCUUUUCAUUUGAAGAAACUAAAACAAAAAAAAAAUGGUUGAAAUUUUCCACUUGUUUCACACUUAUAAACUUGUGCUUCUUUAGAAUUUGUCUCUUACUCCUAGUUGUGCCUUUGUAAGUCAACUUCAGUCUUGAAUUUUUAUCUACUCAUUUUUUUUUUAAAAUAAAUGAAACUUGUUGUUUUUCUUUUGUUGUAUUUGUAUGAGUUGAUUUAGACAUGAUUAAAAUAAAUAGUAUUUGUUCUAGUAUUUCUUUCAUCAGCAUAACUUAAAUCUUUUUUUAUUUAUAAGAACAAAAAAAAACAAAAAACAUUCUAAAUUGUAAAAAUAAGGUUAAAUUUAUCUACACUAACAAAAACUACGAAAUCAGUAUUUAAGGAACAUUAAUUGAAAUUUAUCAUUCCUUAAUGAUGUCACCUAUAAUGGUAACUUAAGUUAAUUGUAAGCCUUUAAUUGUAUAUAUUCAUAAUGUGUUUCUAAUGCAGCCAGUCACAUCAAACUAAUUGUUAAAUUGAUUCAGGCUUAACAAAAUGAAAGUUUGUGAUUGUACAUAUUUAUGAACUUAAUGAAAUGAAGUGAUGCCAGUACAGUGUCAUUUCUGUUGAGAUUAAGAUGAGACUAUUUGAAAUGAUUCUGAUGGCAAUGUUUGUGUUAUCUUGAACCCUAUAUGAGGAAUAUUUUGUUUGGUCUAAGUUCUAACAUUGUAUGUACAUUUUUAUGCGAAUAUAAUUUUAAAAAAUUAUACUUUAUUCUGUUCAACUUAGUGAAAGAGUUUGGGUUAUAAGAAGUUGUCCUUAUAAACUCUUGGGAUUAUAGAUGCCUUUUAAUAGAACUGUUUAAUAAAGAAAAUUGACAAGACUAUAGUUGUGGUAUAUUAGUAAAGAAGAUAUGUUGCAUUCAAUUCUAGAGGCUUACACUUGCCAGCUAAAACAAUUCAUGACUUAAUCUGUAUCUUAUCUUGACAUGCAUGUUCUCCUUAGGUCUUGUAUGUUACCGUCAUUUUUUGUUUUUGUUAGAUUAAGAACCCAUGGAUCCACCUUUACCCCCCCUUGUUGGAGUAUUUCACUACAGAAAACAACACUGUAUCUAUAGAGAUAGCAGCAGAUGUUGUGGUAUCCCACCCCCUCCCAAUCCCAAGUUGAUGCUUUUCUAGAAACUACAAACAAUGCAUCACACUUGGCUUAUUCAAUAUUUUCCCUGCUUCAAUGUUGUAGAUAAUGUAGCUCUGAGAUAAAAACAGCUGUAGAGAAGCUGACUUGGAUUGCUGAACAAAGUUCAAUGUUGUCUGUCAACUCUUAUAUUUACACAUGUACAUAGUCUGAAUUAUAAUAUAUUACAGUGUUAUUGUGACAUAAUGGUUGUCAGGACUUUGAGUUGUUGUCUUUAUUCAAAUCGUCAAUGAUUACUUGUGCAUUUUAAAAAAAAAUUCAUUUGAAUACUUAUUUCUCUGUUGAGUCAGUUUAGAAGUGACUAGAAAAAAAAAAGGGUUCAUCUGAAUGUGUGGUUCUCAUGUGUUGUGAGGGACCUCAAGUAUUAGACAUUUUUUUUUAACAAAAAUCUCAUCUAUUUUUUGUUUCUUUAAGAAUUUCCAAGGUAUUUCAGCUUGUUCCAUGAAAACACCAGGGAUCCAGUCGUUUGUGUCAAUCCACUUGUUAUUAUGUUACAAAACCUUAUCAUUAUGUUAAAUGCUGGACAUUGCAGAUAUUUAGUGAUUUUUUUUAUAUACAUGCAGCUUACAGUAACUGAGUUUGCUUAUUAUUGGUAACUUAAAAAAAAACAACUUAGUAACAAUUGUUACAGCUCAAGAAUUUAAUUUGCUCUUUGUUUGUAACAGAGCGGCAUUCUCUUGUCUCAUGCUUGAACUAUGUAUGUUGUCUUUUUUUUUUUUAAUUUAAAUCAUCUUUCACAUCUCCCCAUAUAUCAUAUUAUAUGCAUUAAAUAUCAUUUUAAAAUUUUUAACUAGCAUGUGUGUCUGUGUUUUCAUCCAAAAACCCAAGCCUCAUUUUCAUGUUUUUCUUCUCUACCAAUCAUGACUGUAAGGUUCCAAUGAAAUGAAACAUGUUUUACAUAUUGAAAA